AUGGAUGGAUCGCUGCUGCAAGAGGGUGACAUCAUGAAGCGGCCGCAGCUGGCGAAGACGCUGCGUAUCAUAGCAGAGGAGGGAGUCGACGCCUUCUACAACGGCGACUUGGGGCGCCGCUUUGUGAAGGACGUGCAGGACCUACAAGGCAUUAUUACUAUGGACGACCUCAGCAACUACACGGUGAAGUGGGAGAAGCCGGUGACGUCACAGCUGAGCGACGGCCACACGCUGUACACAGUGCAGCUUCCUGGUUCGGGCCCUCUGCUGGCCUUCAUCAUCAACAUUCUGGACUCGUGGAUACCCACUGCCUCGCUCGCCGCCACCUGGCAGCGCAUUGUCGAGGCCUUUAAGUUCGCCUACGGCCGCCGCACGGAGCUCGGCGACCCAGACUUCGUCGACAUCGACCAGUUGAUUAAGAACUUGACAUCGCGGGACUACGCUGCCGGUAUCCGGAAAUCCAUCUUCGACGAUCGCACCUUCCAGGACCCGGGGUAUUAUGGAUCUGUUCUGUCGCAACCAGAAAACCACGGCACCGCGCACAUAUCAGUCUUGGCUCCCAACGGAGAUGCGGUGGCUGUUACCUCGACUGUCAACCUCUUGUAA